AUGUGGACGGACGUCGAGGCCGAACACAAGGCCUGUUCCGCGGUGAUGGCUGACGAGGAUCCAGAAAUCCAAGCGGACAUCCGGGAAACAUAUGGCGAAUGCUAUGGGCCACCGUUCGAAGCUAUCCAGGCUCAAGUCGCGGGUUUAAACCAAACCGUAGCGGCUAAGGCGCAAAAGCGUUGCCACUUCAUGAUCGGGGCCGCCUCCAGGCCGGGCCUCAAGAUCGAGACCACGGCAUAUGUUCUGCCUCAAUUAGCAGGCAACCUUCCUUCAUAUCCGAUACCGCAGCACUUCUUGGAUAACCUUCCAAACCUCCAAUUGGCAGACCCUUCCUUCCACCGAAGCUCGCAGAUUGAUGUGCUUCUAGGCGCUGACAUCCUUCCUGCUAUCCUGUUGAGCGGCUUCCAGUCUGCCAUUUGUGGCUCGCUGCUGGGACAAGAGACCAUCUUCGGAUGGGUCCUAUCCGGUCCGGUAUCAGCUGACUCGGCUCGGACGGUUUCCGCCUUCACCACGAAGCUCUCGUUUAAUUCGGAUGUCCGACUCGAGAAGCUUCUCACCAAAUUCUGGGAGGUGGAGGACCUUCCGGGGAGACCGACGAGCGAGUCCGAUUCAGUGUGCGAGGAAAACUUCCUCCAGACCACUAAACGAACCCCCGAUGGGAGAUACGUGGUUACUCUCCCUUUCAAGUGUCCAGAAAAAGUCGAGCUAGGCCACUCCAGAAGCGCGGCCAAGGCCCAGUUCCUUAGAAACGAGCAGCGGCUGCAGCGGAACUUGCCGCUCAAGAAGCAGUACGACUCCGUCAUUCAGGAAUAUUUAGAGCUCGGCCACAUGACAGCGGUUACACCUAGUCAUGAUUCCGGCCAUUUCUACCUGCCACAUCACGCCUUGUUUAAACCCGACAGCACCACAACCAAAUUGCGCGUGGCGCGUCUUUCGCUACGGUUUCGCGACCGUAACGGGGACGUGUGUGACUACGAGCUCACCACUGUCACUUUCGGAGUCAACUGCGCACCGUACCUCGCCCUCCGCGUCCUCAAGCAACUCGCACAAGAGGUGCGUCCACAGCUGCCGAUGGCAAGCGUCAUCCUGGAGAGCGACAUGUACGUGGACGACGUGCUCGCUGGUGCUCACUCUCAGUCUCAGGCAAUUUCCGCCAUUGCUGAACUACGCGAAGCACUCGACUCUGCAGGGUUUCCGCUCCGAAAGUGGACAGCUAACCAUAAGGGCGUCCUGCGCGACAUUCCAGUCGACCACUUACUCCGCGCUGACUUCCUAGAGCUGGAAGAGAGUAGCAUCGCUAAGACGUUGGGAAUCCGAUGGCAAGCCAGUGCCGACGAGUUCUUCUUUUCGCCUCCCGCUUUAAACGAGCGACAAUCCUGCACGAAGCGCAAUGUGCUGUCCCAGAUCGCGCAGCUCUUUGAUCCAGCGGGAUGGCUUGCCCCCUUCGUCGUCCAAGCGAAAAUAUUUAUGCAGGAGAUUUGGUUGAGAGAGUUAGGAUGGGAUGACGUCCUUCCUAACGAUCUGUCUCAAGCCUGGGAGACAUUCCUGAAAAGCUUUCCGGCCAUCCAAGGGAUCCGCAUUCCGCGGUGGUUACACGUCCGUCCGAUGGCCAAGGUACAGAUUCAUGGGUUCUGCGACGCGUCUCAACUCUCGUUGCCUCGACUCGAGCUGUGCGGAGCUGUCCUUCUGACAGAACUCUCCGUGGCCAUCCUUCCUCAAAUGCCGCUCGACGCCAGCCAGGUGUACUUUUGGACCGAUUCCACUAUUGUGUUGGCCUGGUUGAACAGGCCGGCAUGUGAUUGGACCACUUUUGUAGGGAAUCGAGUCGCCAAAAUCACUCGCUGUUGGCCCCGCGAACGAUGGAGCCACGUCCGAUCCGAGGACAACCCGGCCGACCUCGCCAGUCGAGGGCUCGGACCCACUGAACUGGUCGGCAAUGACAUGUGGUGGCAUGGCCCUGCGUGGCUGCGUGGUCCGCAGUCGGAGUGGCCUUGUCCACGAGGCUCAAUCCUUGAGACCGACUUGGAGAAACGAGCCGUCAAGGUUCACCACGCCACUGACACCGCCUCGGACAUUCUCAGCCGAUUUUCCGAAUUCGGACGCGCUCUGCGCGUGAUCGCCUACGUUCGGCGGUUCGGCCAGCGCGUCAGAGGGCAAGCAACGCCAGUCCACGUAUCCACAGAGCUAGACAAUAAAGAGGUCGCUGCAGCUCUCCAAGCUGUCACCAUCACGACCCAACGCUUCCAUUAUACGGCGGAGCAUCGCUGUCUUGUAAACAAGCAGCCACUUCCGACUACGAGCUCUCUUCAGAACCUCAAUCCGUUCCUGGACCAAAACGGAGUCAUGCGGGCAUGUGGCCGGGUCCGAGCCUCGGCAUCCAUGACCUACAAUGAGCGGCAUCCAAUCCUGUUGCCACCCGCAUGCCUCCUGGUUCGCCUGCUGGUUCGAUUCACCCAUCACGUAUCCCUACAUGGUGGGAACCAGCUGGUCAUCCGCCUUCUCCGGGCAACAUACUGGAUCCCUCGACUACGUCACGUCGUGAGGGCAGUAAUCCACUCCUGUAAGGUCUGCGUCAUCCAACGCAAGCGACUCCAAACCCAAUUAAUGGGCGACCUUCCUUCCUCACGAGUUACAUUUUCGCGGCCGUUCACAUACACCGGAGUCGACUUCGCCGGGCCGUUCGACGUGAAAAGUUUCACAGGACGCGCCUGUCGCAUCUCCAAGGGGUAUGUGUGCGUUUUCGUUUGUUUUACCACGAAGGCCAUCCAUUUGGAGGCUAUGUCCGACUUGUCCACCGACACUUUCCUAGCCGCCUUCGCCCGGUUCGUCGCGAGACGAGGCUGUCCCCACGAAGUCCACUCCGACAACGGGAGGAAUUUUUCGGCGCAUCCCGCUCUCUGGCUGUGGACCUUCUCGAGGCCCUCCGCACUCGGACCUCCGCGGUGUACAGCCAGCAGGGGCUCACGUGGCGAUUCAUCCCUCCAGGGGCCCCACAUAUGGGGGGCUUAUGGGAAGCGGAGCACGAAUCCGGGACCCGAUGAAAAGGUUCGCGUGGUAGACUUACUCACCGCCCGCGGCCUUAUCAAGCGACCGAUCACGAAGGUGGUUCUGCUGCCUAUGGAUUCGGAAGUCCCUUCCACCUACCCUCGCGUAGGCUCCGAUCCCUAA